AUGUAUCGAGCCUCUGCUCUCAAAAUCUCUAGAGCGGUAGUCCGUAUUGAAAAGCGUGGGCUUGCUGACCUGACCGUCCUCCCUACUCGUCAACCUAUCAUUUCGUAUGGCCCGCCAGGACGAAGUGCUGUUUCAGGUCAUGUUGCUACUGUCUUUGGAUGCACCGGAUUCCUUGGGAGAUAUCUAGUUUCUAAACUUGCAAAGGCAGGUACUCAGGUAAUCAUUCCAUACCGGGAUGAGGACGAAAAGAGGCAUCUUAAAGUACUAGGAGAUCUUGGACAAAUUGUCCCACUGGAAUGGGACUUGCGACAUGAAGAUCAGAUUGCUGAGUGCAUGAGGCACUCUGACAUUGUUUACAAUUUGGUAGGACGGGACUACGAGACCAAGAACUUUGACUACAAUUCCGUUCACGUUGCCGGAGCGGCAUCAAUCGCUAACAUUGCCUCUCAGCUGCAAAUCCCUCGGCUUGUGCAUGUGUCACAUCUUAAUGCUUCGCAUAAGUCCGAAUCCCAAUUUUAUCGAGCCAAAGCUGAGGGAGAGGAUGCCGUUCGGGAGGCGUUCCCCGAAGCAACCAUUAUUCGUCCGGGCCCGAUUUUUGGUCAUGAGGAUAAACUGCUUAACUCAAUGGCGGUCUGGCCCAUCCUUUGGACACUUAAUCAUGGAGACACUAAGAUUAGACCUGUUCAUGUUCUAGACGUUGCCCAAGCUUUAUCGAACCUAAGUGUUAUCACGAACCCAGCUCAGGUGUACAAUCUUCCGGGUCCGGCGUACCACACCUACACCACGAUGCUCGAUCUUGUGGCCGCUGUGACUUGCAAGACCCCUGCACACCCACCUACAAUUCCCAAACCGAUCGCCCUGGCGCUUGCACGUGCCGCCCAGGUUGUGUGGUGGCCAGCAUUGAGCCCUGAUGAGGUUGUACGACGCUACAUUAAUGACUCUGACGUUCCUGGUGACUGGGAUGCUCUCGGUAUUACUCCCGAAGAGGUGGAAGGGCACGCAAUCACUUAUUUGAGGCGUUAUCGUUCCGCCUCCUCUAUGUUUGGCUCUACUAAUAAUCUUUCACCGGGAGGCCCCAGGGCCUUGGGAACAUACACCCCCAGUCCCGCGGGAACUGGCGCCUCCGGUCGAAACACGGUGGCCGGCUUCCUGAGCUACAUCUUUGCACCGCCACGCGAGGAUCUAGCGUUCACCGAGCGUUCAACAGGCAGUAACGAUGAGUGGGGAGUGUUGGGGACGAAGCUCGAGAGCGAAGUGUUCCGCACUGAAUUUGCCCUUGACCUGAUUGAUGUCUACUUUCAGAUAUGCCACACUCGGCUGCCUAUACUGGAUCCUCACAACUUCCGGACGCGGUUCAAAUACUCAUUGCCUCAAGCCCCCUUGCCGCCUCCACUCCCUGCGCGAGAUGUUGAACCACUCCCUACUGCCUUGAUCGCUGUAGUGCUAGCAUGGGGUGCCAAAUUCAGUGAACAUCCUAUUAUCGUCCACGAUCGAGGGGCCAGCAAGGACAAAUCUUCUAUCCUUGCCCGUGCGUUGGCACGUAGGGCGCGCGAAGUUGCCGAGGCUGAGCGUAUUUUCCGCAUUGCCACGCCUGAUAACGCCAUUGUUUGUUUGCUACUCGAGCCCCUUCAGAGCCAACUUAAUACAGACCCAGAUGGGUUCCAUGGAUUUUGGCUCAACUCUGGCGUUCGGCAUAUGCUUGAGCUUAAGAUUAACUACAAACUCGGAACAAUGGCACUGGACGAUUCAAGGGGUGCUUCAAUGGUCAUGGCGUGGUGGAUGGCAUGUCUAGCUGACGGCUUCAGCUCAGCUUACUUCAGGACCAAACCCACAUUAGAUGAUGAUGACUAUAACAUUCAAUCGCUCACUGCGAGCACGUUCUCAACGUCCACAGAAACUUUAUGCAUUGGUACCCCAACGGAGUUUGUUACAUGGUACACCGCUAUGCACGUAUUAGCCCGUGAAGUUCGCUGGAUGUCACGUAUGCUCUGGACUCCUGUCAUCGCGGAAGAAGGAAUUCCGGCCAAAAUUACACAAGACUUGAUGACGCGACUAAACAGGUGGCGGGAUGUUUAUCUAAAUACAGUUGGAGUCCCUAGUAACUUUGAAGCGGACUGGAAUUUUGUCGCCGCGGUUUCGGCCUGUUCGAGCGAUGCGACCUUCCAUGUCAUGUACAUCAUCCUCCACCAAGCCGUCGAAGAUUUGGGAUCCGCCACCUUGGCCAGUGAGGCGCUUCACAGCGCUUUACGCAUUGCCGCUUUGACUGGAGUCCUGACAACCAAUGGCUAUCUACGGCUUGAUCCCAACGUGCUACACUACAGCACGUAUGCUGCAGGCCUGCUCCUGGCAAGACAAGGCCGUCCUGAGGCCGUCAACUGCAUCACUGGCCUGCGUCAAUACGCAUUUGCUUAUGAAGAGGCGCAUAUACAAGCCGACGAAAUUGAAGCAACGCUAAAAGCUGUCAACCGGGAGCGAACACAACGUGAGCAGGACGAUCCCCAUGUGGCAUCGCCCUCGACCUAUAGUACAGGAAGAGUCAGCCAGGCAUUUGCGAUGGGACUUCCCGCUGUCUCAGCUGUGCAUCACCCGGGUCAGGGCUCUGUGAUGUCUUACGGAGGUAAUGAAGUUCCAAACGAGUACGCGAUGUACGGCACCUUUGGAGGUAUGCCCGCUGAACAAUCGACGCCACAUGACUCCUCGCACUAUAGCGCAUACGGAUCGCGCCGGUAA